AUGGAGAGCGUCUACAUACCGCCACACCUUCGGAAGAAGGUAGAACCCACAACGGUAUCAGACGCGCCACCAACACCCGUCGCAAUACCAUCAGUGGUGCCCAGCUCAAGGCCGCAAGAACGAUUCGAUGACGACUUGUACACCGUCCAGGAAAUUCACACCUACUUCUGGGGAGACGGAGCCGUCGCCGAAGAUUCGCAUAACGCUACCCUCCAUUCGUCAGCGGCGAAUUCGAACGGUCUAUCGUGGGUGCUGUUGUUCAAUGGCGCGAACCCGAAGUGGGACGAGGACGGGGCCAUCUUUGUCAAGAGCAACCUGAACCUUCUCACGGCAACCAAACCCUCUUCCGAGCCUAAAUCAGUAAUCGCCAUCGCAGUACCCACACAACGAUUAGACGAACCGGGUGAGGACGGAGGUGUCAUGCUACCGACGAGCAGCGAACUCGCAGACGAGGAUUACGAGGAGAGUUCAUCGAGUGGAACACUGGAGCCCGCCACCACUGAGCCGCUAUCAGAUCAUCCCAACGAGAGAGUUCUCAUCGACUACUCUCCAAUCGCCGUCUUCUCUCAGCCUGUCGGACGUGCCAGUCGAUCAUUCAAGUUCAUCGGAUGGUAUGAGAUAGAACACUUGCAAAUCCUCAAGCCUGGUUCCCAAGGGCUGCUUCACAUGUUGUGGGACAAGUGGAACCCGAAGGACAAACACGGUAACUAUGUACCAAGACAGCGAGGCUCCGGCAAUUGGAUGAAGAGCAUGUCUUACUCGUGGGCUGUUGUCCAGAUGAAGAAAGACGAAGAAGCUAUGAGCAGCAAGGGUGAACCAAAGAUUGCGAGAAGGGAGAAUAACGAGGGUAUGACAGGAGAGGGCGAAGGACAGAGCGUCAAUGAGAUGCUUGCCAAGAUGAGGCUCGAAGGAGAAGCCAAAGAGGUGGCGCCCAAGGAAGAGGAGACUUGA